AAUUCACAUGGCACACGGGCAACAUAAGCGCGUGCAAAAACAUCACCACUCCUACUUUAAAACUCAACAAGAAAUUGCUACUUCACACAGACGCACACUCUCCUCAUUCAAGUCAUUCUUCAUCCAAUCUAAGAAACACUCCCUCCCUAAUCUUCGAAUGCCCUAACCCUUCAAUCUCUCUCCCUCACUCUCUGCAAUUUCCAUGGAGUUUAAAUUUCGCGCCGUGGAUGAUCGGCCUCCGCCGCCGCCGCCGUUCUUCAACUCCUCCGCGCAACCAUACUCAGGUCAACAUUUUUCACCGUCGACAAAUUUCACUCGCUCGACCCUACCCAACCGUUCGUAUGGUUCUCCGUUUGGAGAUUUCAGGCAUUACCGGGGCCCAACUCGUAACCCGGUCGAUAUUAGGGGACUGAAUACCAUGCUUGAGUUCGGGAGGUCGCGUGUAAGGGAGGAGAUUAUCUUAUCUGAAAUCGCAAGGCGGCGAGAACUCGAGAUGGAGGUGCGUCGGGAUAUUAUGUUGCUGGAGCGACAAAUCGGCAUGCAAAGAGAGACCACCUCUGAAGGUUUGGUUCGAUGGGGCGGAACACAGAACGGUAACCCCAGGCUUCCAAUGAUGGACUCGUUCGAUGAGCGCUUAGCAUUAUCUUCUCGUUCCGCUUCCACUGCAUUUGGUGCACUCCCCUUGGCUCACCCUCUCGACAACAUUGCCUUAAAGCUCAAUACUUCUUCAGUGGACAAGGAUAAAUUGAUCGUUCUGGCUAAGCCUAACCCAAAUGAUUUUGGGGCAAAGAGGAAAGCUACGACAACACCCACAUUGGACGAUAUUGAGGAACAUCCAUUUGGGUUGAAAAAGAAACCUAGGGAGGAAUGGAGUUGUGCUUUGUGCCAUGUAACUGCAACAAACGAGAAAGGUUUGAAUGAACAUCUACAAUGUAAGAAGCACAAGGUCAGGGAAGCGGGACUUUUAUCUCAGCAGACUGGCAAAAGCUCUAUCAAUGUGCCAUCGAAGAAGAAAACUGGUAAUCCAUUGAAGCCAUCUAUAAAGUGUACUAAGACUUGCAGUGCUUUAGAAGUGAAGGCUGAAGUAGAAGAGAAACCCCUUGGAGUUGGACAAAAUGAAACUGUAAAGGAUUCAAAAUCUACACUGGAGCUGCCAAUCCCCACAUUGGACGAUAACAAGGAACAUCCAUUUGGUUUGAAAAAGAAACCUAAGGAGGAAUGGAGUUGUGCUUUGUGCCAUGUAACUGCAACAAGCGAGAAAGGUUUGAAUGAACAUCUACAUGGUAAGAAGCACAAGGUCAGGGAAGCGGGACUUUUAUCUCAGAAGAUUGGCAAAAGCUCUAUCAAUGUGCCAUCGCAGAAGAAAACUGGUAAUCCAUCGAUGAAGUGUACUGAGACUAGCAGUGCUUUAGAAGUGAAGGCUGAAGUAGAAGAGAAACCCCUUGGAGUUGGACAAAAUGAAACGGCAAAGGAUUCGAAAUCUACACUGGAGCUGCCAAUCCCCGAAGAUGAAAAUGGUGGCAAAUUGAACAAGACAAUGCGAACUGACAAAAAGGUGAAGAGGAAAAAGAGUGAGCCAAAGAUAUACAAGUUCUGGUGUGAAAUGUGUCAAGUUGGUUGUCAGUCUUCAAAAGUGAUGAAUGAUCAUAAGCGAGGGAAGAAGCACAAGAAUAGGUUUGGUUUUUCUAAACCUAUGAAAAGUGAUGUAACUGAUUUGACAACUAAUAUCUUAUCGGAGACAUUAGUUUGAAUGCAGGACCAAAGUUUGGAAAAUCAAGCAAAGGAAAUGCCGGUAGUCCCAAAAGUGGAAAAUGAUGUCUCAAAUACAGAUAAAUGAAAUGGAAUUCCAGAGGCUUAGUAAGCUAAUUGGGCAAAGUGUUAAUGUGGUGUAGAAAAAAGUUGACUGUCUGUAAAUGAAGGUACUGAUUGCUCCUCCUUGUGUAAUUAGUUUAGUGCUGGGGUUUGCGUUAGUUUCUCUCCAGAAUUGAGCUUGUGGGACCAUUAAUCAAGCCUCCUUUAUUUUCAUGUCUCAAUUUUAAUAUUCAGAUGGAGAUAGUCUUUUAAAAUUGAGUUUGGAAGAUGACCCAUGUUGGAGAAACCGAAGAAUAGUUUUCCAAAUUGAAUUUAGAAUCCCAUACAGUUAUGCUGUAAUUAUAUAUGAAGGCACUUGGAUUUAGAGCAACUAUAGAAAAUUUAUCUAGAUUUGUGA